AUGGAGGGGCUCAGACACUACCAGACAGAUGGAUCCUCCAAGUGUUGUGCUGAUUACAGCUACCUGGUGAAGCAGAACAGGAAGCUCCUGCGGGCACUGGAGGAGUUACAGCACUGCUGCACCAGCCUGAAGGAGGAAAACUGCCUGCUGCGGAAGAGCUACUUUCCCGAGACUGAGGAGAAGGUGAAGCACUUGAAGAGAAAGAAUGCGGAGCUGGCCCUGAUCGCAAAGCGCCUGGAGGAAAGAGCAAGAAAACUGCAGGAAGCAAACCUCAAAGUAAGUGUUUAA